AUGCUUCGCCAAGUGCUCGCCGCCUCCGUCUUUGCGAGGUGUGCUCUGCUCUCCGCGUUUGCUAUCGGUCCAUCGCCCGGCCAGAUCAGGAACCUCGUCACCUUCGGCGACUCCUACACCGACAUCGACGCGCACGCAGAUGGUGGGAUUAUGUGGCCCGUCUUCGCUGCACAGGACGGCAACUUCGAUCUCUUCCCAUUCGCGAAGUCAGGUGCAACGUGCUCCAACAAUCUGACUUCCCGCUCGUUCCCGUCCGUGUUUGAGUCGCAGCUCCCAUCAUACUUCGCCGCAAAGGCGAAUGGGUCUCUCGCGCAGUUGAAGCCGGAAGACACCGUCUACACGCUGUGGAUUGGGACGAACGACGUCGGGGUUGGAGAGUUGUUGACGGGAGGCCAGACGCCGGGCGUGACAGUGGUGGACACAGUGACGUGCGCGGUGAAUUGGGUGAAGACGAUGUACGACAGCGGUGCACGGAAUUUCAUCUUCCAAAACAUGAUCCCGCUCGAGACUACCCCGCUGUACUCGGCGAACUCGUGGCCAAGUCGGUACUGGACCGCGCAGCGCAACACGACCGAAUGGAGCAUCUUCAUGAAGGAGCUCACAACUUCUGGCAACGCGAUCGCCAAACUCCAGCUCCAGGCCCUCGCACCCACUCUGCACGGUGCGCAUAUCGGCCUCUUCGAUUCACACUCGCUCUUCGCAGACAUGUUCGCUCGCCCGCAACUCUACCUGAAUGGCACUGCGCCACUCAACGUCACUGGCGCCGUGCACGCAUGCGUCUUCCAGCUGAAUGAGAGCACGUCCGACCCCGGGGUGUGCACCGACGCCACUGGGACGGACCAGGACAGCUUCCUCUGGUUCGACGAGCUGCACCCGUCAGUGCAGGCGGAGCGGGUAGUGGCGAAGGCGAUCUCGGAUGUAACCCAUCGGCGGUCGGAGAAUUGGAUUACCUGGCUUUCGUGA